CCUGCACUCUCGCCAUAUUUUCAACCCUGUGGAUCUCGCAGCCCGGUGCCCAAACUAAACUUUCGCAGGAGAAACCUUCAGUCGGGACCGAAUAAAGUGCGUGCAGGCAGUUCAGCAGUGAAGAGGGAGACCUGCAUCAGCUUCUCAUCCGUGCGUCUCGUCUCAUCCCGCGACGAUGAACAUCUUCAGACUGUCAGGAGAUCUCUCCCAUCUUGCUGCUAUCAUCAUCCUGCUGCUCAAAAUAUGGAAAAGCAGGUCGUGUGCAGGUAUCUCUGGAAAGAGCCAAAUUCUAUUUGCUCUCGUCUUCACCACACGCUACCUGGACCUGCUCACCUCCUUCAUCUCCCUGUAUAACACAUGCAUGAAGGUGAUCUACAUUGGCUGUGCGUACGCCACCGUCUACCUGAUCUACGUGAAGUUCAGGGCCACCUACGACGGAAACCACGACAGCUUCAGGGUGGAGUUCCUGGUUGUUCCUGUUGGAGGGCUUUCUGUCCUCAUCAACCAUGACUUCUCCGUCUUAGAGAUCCUCUGGACGUUCUCCAUCUACCUGGAGUCGGUGGCCAUCCUCCCACAGCUCUUCAUGAUCAGCAAGACGGGCGAGGCCGAGACCAUCACGACCCACUACCUGUUCUGCUUGGGCCUGUACCGGGCCCUGUAUCUCUUCAACUGGAUCUGGCGCUUCUACUUCGAGGGCUUCUUCGACAUGAUCGCCAUCGUGGCCGGCGUGGUUCAGACUGUCCUCUACUGUGACUUCUUCUACCUUUAUGUCACCAAAGUGUUGAAAGGCAAGAAGCUGAGCCUGCCAGCGUAGAGAGCCCGUCGGAGGAGAGGACGACUCCCAGCAGACUCAGGGGGUGUGGAGAUGACGCCGUGGAAUCUCAUGACCUAUAGCAAAAAGGACGCCUGAGACAGAGAGCCAACUAUCAGCGGGGGAAAAAAAAACACUAGUCUUCUUGAUGAUUACUGAUGGAACUGGUAAAUGCCAACAGACACCAGAGCUGAGCAGAGAUCUUCCCAGAUCAACCAUUGGAUUUCUGUGUUCAGCGUCUUGCCUUAAGCUUCUUUUCAUUGCUGUUCAAAUAGGAGAAAAGGCUUCUUUUUUUUUUCUACAUGCAAGGUGUAUACGCUUCUUCUUUUUAAUUUCCUUUUUUUUUUUUUUUUUGUUUUGUUUUAUACUGUCCCAAAUGGGGUCUUGACAUGUACCUUGUUCGACUCGGUAAUGAAAUGCACAAGAUGUACAGUCUGAUGGAGUGGAAAAACAAACAAACGGAGAAAUGUAUCGGAGUGCCUGAUGAAGAUUAUGUCCAGUUUCUCACAGUGUUUUUUACGUUAGCGGUUUGUUUUGAUGUGGUAACUGUACGCACACACUGUAACACGUGUACCCUUUCUGAUAAUCAUUGAAAGUGGCCAACGUAAAGGGUUUCACGGCAGGCAUGCCCAUCGUUUUGUACAAAUAUUGCUCAGCAUUUUAACAGUUUAGUCACAAAAUCCGGACUUUUUCUAAGAAGAAGAGAUUUAUAGGUUGAGUUUAGGUUAAAGGUUUAACCAGUGUAAUAAUCGACUUUAAAUGCCAGCAAUCUUAAUGCCAUAGGUCUGAGUAUUUUCUGAUUUGGAAUUCAAAUUAGGAUGUUUACUGUUUUGUUUUUUUGUUUUUUUGUUUGUUUUUUUGCUCACCAUAUAGAGAAAAUCCACCAGUUGUUCCACAGCUUUAAUAUACAUUUCCAGUCUUAAAACGAUGCUGCAUUACUCUUUGGAUGGAGACAGAGCACAAACUUAUUCCCAGAUUUUUUUGCAUCCCGUGUAAUAAACUCCGGUGUGGCGAUGAAUCGAGGCCGAACUCGUCGAAAUGUGGACGAAGCAAUACUGAACGGGUGAAUAAAGACAUUUGUCGCCGGGAUGAGGACGUGCUGGACGGAUCGGGCUGGAGGUUCGAACCUGGCAUGUUGCAGUGUGAGCAGAUGACCACGUUUGAUGUUGCGUCGCCCGAUAAUGGAGCAGGAGUGAGUUCGCUGGGUGUGGUUUUUUUUUAAAAAUUACUUUUAAAAGCCUCCUGUCAGCUUCUCCAAAAGUCAUUCCUAAAAAUUAUUUCAAUUUUGUUUAUGUCUCUUUCAGUCCUUUUUUUUUGCAUGAUAUCACCUCCAUUAAAAAUUUUAUGAGAA